GCAUGCUUAAAGCUGUCGUUGAUGUUCACUCAGCACAUCUCCUUUGGAUAGAAAUUUAAACAAGGGGCUCGGCCAAACGUUGAAGAAGUCAGGUGUAAGCAUCAUCGGUUUCUCCAAACAUGAAAAACAAACUAAGGAUGGCCCCACAGUACCAGAUGAACGCUUCCUUGAAGUCAGAGAUACGGAAGUUAAACGUGGUCCACUUUCUCAUCUGGCUGCUGGUGGCGGCGCAAGUGACCGUCAGCCACUUCAACAUUGUGUCACAGGACACUGUGUCCAUGCCGUACCAGUGGGAGUACCCCUAUCUGCUCAGCAUCUUCCCUCUGCUCUUCAGCAGCCUGUCCCUCCCAAAGAACAACAUCAGCUACCUGGUCCUGUCAAUGAUCAGUGCAGGGCUGUUCUCUUUUGCACCUCUUAUAUAUGGUGGCAUGGAGAUGUUUCCUGUAGCAAAGCAGCUCUUCCGUCAAGGAAAAGCCUUCCGCUUCAUUUUUGGCUGCUCUGCAGUGACUGCUGCAUACGUCGCUAUAGUGGUUGCUGCUCAAGUGCACGGCUGGCAGUUGUACUACAUGAAAAAACUGCUGGAUUCAUGGUUUGAUGCUACUCAGGAGAAGAAAAACAAAUAAUGGAGUUUUUUUUAAAGCUGUGAAUGGACAAAACUUGUGGUUUUUUUUCAAUACAUGAGUUAUGUCUCCUUAGUCUUCAUGAUUAUGUAAUAUGAUUCAUCCUGCAUCCCUGAUUUUCAUUUAAAGCUAAUGAUUGUUCAUUUCAAUAAACUUAUUUAUUUAAA